GCGACCACCGUGCUUCCCAACCCCCCGGCGUCGCCGGCUGCCUCCGCCACCGCCGGUGCGUACCGACCAAGCCGUUCGCCGGGUCGCCGCAGCCGCCUCUCGUUGGCCGGUGGAUGGGAUUCUGUGCCUCCCUGUACUCCGGACCCUUCUUGCUUCUCUUCCCGUCGCUUCCCUCGCGUUCGCGGACGUGAGCGAGCGGCGAUGCCCAUGGCGCCGGCGGUGGAGGAGACGUCGAACGUGAGCGGCGAAUCUACGCCUUGCUGCUCGGAAGGCGGGAGCACGUCGUGAAGCGUAGGGAAGAGGAAGACCCACCACGCGGUCGCUGACGGGUGGGGCCAACCACCCGCCGUCACUCACGCCCUAUCUGCCCCCUCGGAUUCUCCGCCCCACCCGCGUCGACGAGGCCGACAGCAGCUAGCAAACUAGCUGUUCGACGUAAUGGCGCAGUGGGACGCGCUCGUGGACGCCGCGCUCGAGAGGCUGGCCUCCAGGAGCCUCCUGCGCGCCACGCGUCCCAUCGCCCUUGCGGCGCCGCCCGCGCUGCCGGAAACCUUCCCCGGUCCAGGCCCGUGGGACCGCGCCGCCGUCGAGAUCCGGCUCGACCGCGCGACGCUCCACCAAUGGCUAGCUGAAGGUGGUGAGACGAGUAGCCAAGAAGAGGAGGUAGGAGAUGACCUGAUUCUUUUCUCCGGGAAUGACUACAUGGGCCUCAGCUCACAUCCAGCAAUUCGCGAUGCUGCAGUGAAGGCAGCUCAAGAGUACGGCAUGGGUCCUAGAGGAUCUGCGUUGAUUUGUGGGUAUACUAGUUAUCACAAAAUGGUGGAGGAAUCAUUGGCAGAGUUGAAGAAAAAGGAGGAUUGCCUCCUUUGCCCCACUGGGUUUUCUGCUAAUAUGGCUGUAAUGACAGCCCUGGGAAAUAUCAGCUCUCUUUUGGCUGUAGGUAGAAAGCCUGCAAAGCAUGAGAGAAUAGCAGUUUUCUCAGAUGCUCUGAACCAUGCUUCGAUCAUUGACGGGAUCCGCCUUGUUGAGCGACAGCAAGAAGUGGUAGCAUUUAUCUACAAACACUGUGAUAUGGACCAUCUUGAAUUUAUGCUGUCUCAUUGCUCAAUGGAAAAGAAAGUUGUUGUCACAGAUAGCCUGUUCAGCAUGGAUGGUGACUUUGCUCCAUUUCCUGAGCUUGUCAAGUUACGCAGAAAGUAUGGUUUUUUGUUGGUCAUCGACGAUGCACAUGGAACACUUGUUUGUGGUGGGAACGGUGGUGGUGCACCAGAGUUGUUUGAUUGCGAGAAUGAUAUUGAUAUAAGUGUUGGCACCUUAAGCAAGGCUGCUGGCUGCCAUGGUGGUUUUAUAGCAUGCAGUACCCGAUGGAAGAGGCUAAUUCAAUCACGAGGUCGCUCGUUCAUAUUUUCAACCGCUUUGCCAGUACCAGUAGUCGCUUCUGUGCAUGCUGCCUUAUAUGUAUCAAGGGAAGAAAGAUGGCGGAGAUUAGUGAUCUGGAGGCAUGUGCAGUAUUUUGCCUCUUUGACAAAACUCAACAUAACAAGUCCAAUAAUUUCCAUAGUGGUUGGAAGUGAAGAAGCAGCACUUAGAGCUGGAAGGCAUAUGCUAAGAUCUGGGUUUCAUGUCACACCAAUUCGGCCACCCACAGUACCACCCAACUCAUGCAGGUUGCGGAUAACUCUCAGUGCUUCUCAUUCUUCGGAUGACAUUAAAAGGCUGGUGGAUGCGUUGACGCCGUGGCUCCCUGACAAUCAUGAUGUUCAGAGAUAUGCUGUUGUGCCAAAGCUCUAAACGAUGGUUGACCUGACUUUUUAGCUCUUCAAGCUUCAAGAAGUGAGACAAUCUGAUGUACUGAUGGAUGAUAUGGAAGAACCGGGGAGGGGGGAUAAGUUACUGCUAGUUGGCGCAAUUAAUUGCUUCAUUUAUCUUUGUAUUACAGCAGUUAAUGUGAAACAUAAUUGAUGAGGGCAAUUUGACUGUCCUGAUUGCCAAUCAGAUCAACAAACAUAAGCACCACAUAUACAACUGGGUAACAACAUUCAUGUACGGCGCAUCCACACUCCUGGUUGCAAAUUACAAAGACGUAUUCACAAUAAACUACAGACAAUUUAUUCCA